AGCCGUCGGAAGUAUCACUGUUACUUUGUUUAGUAAAAGGAUAACAGCUGUAAAUUACAAUGAGUGGAAGAGGCAAAACCGGUGGAAAAGCUCGCGCCAAGGCCAAGAGUCGCUCUUCCAGGGCGGGACUACAGUUCCCCGUCGGCCGUGUUCACAGGCUUCUCCGCAAAGGCAACUAUGCUCAGCGCGUUGGUGCUGGUGCUCCGGUUUAUUUGGCCGCUGUGCUCGAGUAUCUCACUGCUGAGAUCCUGGAGUUGGCUGGAAACGCCGCUCGCGACAACAAAAAGACCCGUAUCAUUCCUCGUCACCUGCAGCUGGCGGUGCGCAACGACGAGGAGUUGAACAAGCUUCUGGGUGGCGUGACCAUCGCUCAGGGUGGUGUGCUGCCCAACAUUCAGGCCGUACUGCUGCCCAAGAAAACCGAGAAGCCAGCGAAGACCAAGUAAACCGACUGGAGAUUCUCUUCAAACCAAAGGCUCUUUUAAGAGCCACCUAAUUUGUCCCUGGAAGAGUGAUUUUAUUUGUCCCAUGUUUUUAUUUGUAUUUAAACCUGUCUGAUUAUAAACCAUAUAUUUAAAAUAAAGCGUUUUGAACGUUUCA